GAAUCGGACGGUUUCCAGUGCGUGACACCGAAACUAUUCUAGUUGGACGUACCGUGAAAAUUAGCAAAUUGAAUUAAAUUGUGUGUGCUGUUUUGCAAAGAAUAGUGUAUUAUUAACCAAGGCAACAACAACAGUAGACGCCUCAAGUUCACACAGCUCAGUGCAGGCCCAGUAAAUCAUGACAACAAAUAAGGAUCCCCAAGACAAGGGCUCCGCAAAAACGGAGCAGGUGAAAAAUGGCACAUCUGGAGGAGUGGGAAUCAUGAAGCGCCUGAGAAGAUCAGCAUCGGCCACAGAACAUAAUCUAAGCAGUCUAAGAAACCGGAAAUCCACCCAGAAUCUGUUCGAUCAGCAUGGCAAUCCCAUUGAUCUGCGGCAAUAUCGUAAAGUUUUGGAUAAGGAUGAGAAUGGCAAUGGAAUGAACGGAUCAGAAAAGAAGCUGCGGUAUAGAAGAACCCAAAGUGUGACCCGGGCAGAGGAAAUAUCCAACAAGGAGGAGAAACAACGGAGGGCGCAACCAGGCAGACCGAUCCACCGGCCGCGAGACUCCCUGUUUUCCUGGAGCUCUGGCUUCACCAACUUUACGGGCCUGGUGAACUGGGGCUUCCUGCUGCUUUGCAUUGGUGGGUUGCGCCUGGGUCUGGAGAAUUUGCUCAAGUAUGGCAUUCGCAUAAAUCCACUGGACUGGUUCUUUUUCAUUAGUGGUCACAAUGAGGGCGAAGGUCAUAAUGCCCUCAUCCUAAGCAUUUAUUCUCUGGUUCACAUAUCCCUGUGCCUGGCGGUGGAGAAAGGUCUUGCCAUGGAAAUAAUUGCGGAAGGCCUGGGACUUUUCAUCCAAAUAGUUAACAUUAUCGUGCUGGUUUGCCUGCCCGUGGUUACAAUUCACCUCAAAGGACACGCCUUCAGUUUGAUGGGCGCCUCAACCGUUUGCUUCUUUUAUUCGGUGCUUUUCUUGAAGCUCUGGAGCUACGUGCAAACGAACAUGUGGUGCCGUCAAACGUACUAUCAGAAAAAUCGAGAGCGGCGGCCUAGCAUUACUUUAGCGGAAUUAAAAAAUGGAGCCUUGGAUGAUGGGGAGGAAGAUGAGGCCAUUUCCAAGUUGGUCCAGUAUCCCGAUAAUCUAAAAUAUAGCGAUCUCUUGUACUUCCUCUGUGCUCCGACUCUGUGCUACGAGCUGAAUUUUCCCCGAACUUCGCGCGUGCGUAAACGUUUCUUGCUCAAGCGUUUGCUGGAGGUUGUGAUUGGUGUGAAUGUGGUGAUGGCCUUGUUCCAGCAAUGGAUCAUUCCUUCGGUGCGCAACUCCCUGAUUCCUUUCUCCAACAUGGAUGUGGCGCUGGCCACCGAGCGACUACUUAAGCUGGCGCUACCAAAUCACCUGGUCUGGCUGUGCUUUUUCUACCUUAUGUUCCACUCCUUCCUGAAUGCGGUGGGCGAACUUUUAAACUUUGCCGAUCGUAACUUUUACUGUGAUUGGUGGAACGCCAAUAAUAUUGACACCUUUUGGAGGACCUGGAAUAUGCCGGUGCAUAGGUGGUGUGUGCGUCACCUCUAUAUCCCUGUCGUCCAGAUGGGUUACUCUUCGCGCCAAGCCUCGACCAUAGUGUUCCUCUUCAGUGCCUUCUUCCACGAAUAUUUGGUCUCUGUUCCACUGCAAACCUACAAGAUCUGGGCCUUUAUGGGCAUGAUGGGUCAGAUACCCCUUUCGGCGAUCUCCAAAUACAUCGAGAAGAGGUUUGGUCCUCGAAUGGGCAACAUAAUCGUUUGGGCAUCUAUUAUUCUCGGUCAGCCUCUGUGUAUAAUGGCCUACUAUCACGAUUAUGUGGUCCAGCAUUUUAAGAACUCACUCAACGGCACCGACUACGCCAGCUAGAUUUAAAAAAUCAUUAAUAUUGGGUUAUAGAUUGCCACUGGAAUAUGUCUGCACACUGGUCUGGUUCCGGUCCGUGUACUUUUUUAAAUUUAUAAGCCAGAACGCAAGUUAUGAAGAAAGAAACUUGUGAUUGCCACUAUACAAAACAGAUUUUGUAUGACUUUUGCACAUGCAUGUAGUACUGAUGAACACAAACACAUAGAUUGUUAUUGAAUAAUGCAUUUGUUAAUGAAUUUAAGUGUCAUGUAAAUAAAUAAAACAAAUU